CGAAUGUGCGUCGUUCCAUUACCUCAUAAAGUGCACAAACGAAUGACGUACGUUUGAGAAUUUCUAUUGUAAAGAUCAUUAAAUAAAGCAAAUAAAAGCUUAUACAUAUGUAUGUUUGUACAAGUGCACCAAAAGCUGCAACCACGUAAUUUUUGCAGUUUACAUCACAAUGAGAAGAAGCCCAAAUUUCAUCGUCAAAGUGAGAUUUUUUCAUUAAUUGGCGACACUAGUUGCCGCAGAACAAUCGUUUAGUGAAGUUGUAAUCCAUGAAUAAAUGCUUAAAUAAUGCAAAAAAACCCAAUGGCAUAAUAGUAUUCCUUUAAAAUAUAAACAAGUGCUUUAAAAGUGAAUUUUAGAAUUUUUUAUCGCUAUAAUAAAAUACGGAACUAUAGCAUUUAGCAGAUAAAUGUGCAAAUGCAGGCGCUAAAAAUAGUUUUUUUGAAAUGCUACGACUUGUUUCAUAGCAUUGGAAACGUGUUCACGCAGAAAAAUAUUAUUUAAAAUAUUUUUUUUCAUUUAUUCAUAGAUAAAUCAAAAACAUUGUUGCUAGUUUUGUAAAAAUUAAAACAAACGUGUACUCUGAUAUGAACAAAACAAAAACUUAACAACUUUUAUUAAAAAAUGAUUAAAGUGAAUGGGAAUUAUAAACUAAGUAUUAAGCAAUAAAUAAUCUGUGUUAAUAUAAAAUCAACAUAAAAAUGGCUGCCAUAUUACAACAUUUCAAGAAGAUGCUACAGCGUUAUCCCGUUACACGAGGUAUGGUGUCCUAUAGCCUGAUUUGGCCGACAAGUUCACUCAUACAACAGACUUUCGAAGGGAGAAGAUGGCCGGAUUACGAUUGGUGGCGUGCAUUACGUUUCAGUCUAUAUGGCGGGCUUUUCGUUGCGCCAACACUUUACAGUUGGAUUAAGGUCUCCAGCGCCAUGUGGCCACGGACAUCCCUACAGACAGCCGUUUUCAAAACAGCCGUCGAACAGAUUUCCUACACACCUGCUGCCAUGACAUGCUUUUAUUUCCUAAUGAGUCUGUUGGAAAUGAAGACCGUGGACGAAGCCGCUGCGGAGGUGCGCAAGAAAUUCAUACCCACAUAUAAGGUGGCUAUGUCAAUUUGGCCCGUUGUUGGCAUAAUAAAUUUCUCCGUCGUACCAGAGAAGAAUCGAGUGCCUUUCAUCAGUGUUUGUAGUUUGUUAUGGACUUGCUUUCUGGCUUAUAUGAAGCAUCUGGAGCAUCAGCAUGUCGAUGAAAUGGAUGGUAUAUUUACGUCGAAAGAGGCUAAAUUGUAAUCCUAAAUGGUUGGCAUGAUUUAAAUACAUAUACAUAUAUAUAAGUAGAUAUAAUAAUAUAUAGUCAAUUAUUUGAAAUUUAUGGUAUUUGCAAUAAUUUAUAAAAAUUGCAUAAGUUUUAAAUGAACAUAAACAAUUUUUGAUAUAAAAAUUUAAAAUUGAUAAUAUUAUUUACACUUUCUGUAGCAGCAUUACACCAGGAUUGCGCAUUUUUAGUUCAAAACUUUAAGUUUAAAAAUUUAAUUUUCAAUUUUUAAUUCAGUUUUUUAAUCCAAGAUAAAAAAAAAAUAUAGUUUCUUAAUUCAAAAAUUUGGGAUUAAAAAUUUAAAUUUCUAAUUUUAAUUCUGAUUUUGAGAAAAUAUUUUUUAAUUUAAAAAUUGAUAAAGAUUUACAUAUUUCUAACUGAAAAAUCUGGUUAACCAAAAUCGUGGAACACGAAGUACGCAAAAGAGAAAAAAUAAAUUCUAAACAAUUUAUUCUAAAUUUAUUUUUUUUUCAACUUUUAAAUAUACUUUUAUUUUCAAUACGAUUUUAAGAUACAUUUUUUAUAUUUAAUCCGGUUUUUGGAUUUUAUUUUUUAUUCCAGUAUUUGAGAUUAACAAUGUAUGUAUAUAUAAUUUCUUUAUACGGAAAUUUGGAAAAUUGUUUAAUUAAGAUAAUCGGGAUUACAAAAAAAAUUAAUAAAAAUAUUAAUUGAACUGUUUUUUAAAUGUAUGUUAAAUGCUAAUUUAAUUAUUUAUUAUAAUUUUUUAAAUGCAUUAUUUGCAACUCUUCAUUAAAUAAAUUAAAAAAUAAAACCAAACAAAGUAAUCUAAUAGUUAUAAUAGCACUAAAAGAUUCUAGUACAAUAAUACUAUAACAAUAUAUUUUCAAAUAAAUAAAAACCAUAUAUUUU